CCUACCUUGAAAAGGCCUCUUUUACAUUGCCAGCAUCUACUAUCGAGUAUUUACAACUUUGGCAACUUCCACCAUAUUCCCCACAGUAUAUCCAUCAGUCAUGUUCGAGCAACUCGACUUUUCAAGAUUUCAUAGUGAGAGCUCCGACGAGCGAGAUCAGUUCUGCCGUGAGUUGAUCUCCGGGUUGAGCAAGUCGGGUUGGGUACGGCUAGUCAAUCAUGGUGUCCCUCCAGAGAGCAUCGACCGGGCAUUUGAAAUGAGUCAUAAAUUCUUCGAUCUCCCAAUGGAGCAGAAGCUGAAGUCGCCUCAUCCACCCACAGCUCAUCCCCAUCGCGGCUUCAGUCCCGUUGGCCUGGAAAACAUAUCAACUGUGUCUAAUUAUCGCUCCUCGGCCACGCAACCCUUACUCAAGGAUAUGAAGGAGUCUUACGACAUUGGAUCGGAAGAAGACCCGCUGUACUCCAAUAUUUGGCCCCCUGCAGGAGUUCACGACAGCUUUCAAACGACAAUGAGCUCAUUCUUUACCGUCUGUUACGAAGCACAGUUGAUCAUUCUGGAUGCUAUUUCGAUUGGCUUGGGGUUGCCCGUUCACUCUCUACGUGAACUCCACGCGGCACAGACCAACGAGCUGCGGCUCACCCACUAUCCAGAAGUGGAUCAGGCUGACUUUGCCAAUGCCACCCGCAUUGCCGCACACACGGAUUUUGGCACUAUUACUCUACUGUUUCAAGAUAAUGUUGGGGGCCUGGAGAUGGAACAGCCCCCAAGUAGCGGAGUCUUUGUUCCGGCCGACAGUUCUGGCCCCCAUGAGUGUAUUGUCAAUGUAGGUGAUUGUCUUCAGAUGUGGACAGGGCUGCAUAGUGCCCGACACCGGGUGCAUUUGGCAAAGAGUGAGAACCAGAGUAAUAUGGUCCCAGAACGUUUCUCGAUUGCGUAUUUCGCAAAGCCCGAUCGUGCAGCGCUUCUCCGUCCACUACUGGAUUCCUUAGUGGACAACAGCAAGCCAGUGCAAGAGUUCUUGACAGCCAAUCAGUUCCAGCACAUGCGCAUCAAGGGCACGUACGCAUAAUAGCUCAGCUGCAUGCCCACGCCAUUCUCAGCCCGCCAAAAAAAAUUGGCUUUCAAUAUAUGUAGUGGGAUAUAAAAUGACUGCCAAAAAAUACUCGACACGGCCGCAUAAGCGGCUGACUAUUCUUGUACAUAGUACGGAGUACUUUCAAAUUUGAUACAUCAAUACCGAUAGGCUACAUAUAACUCCACACAAU